ACUCCACCCACUGAUCAACACACCUACCAGGGGAGGGGACUCAACAUUUAAAUCUGCACCUGCACAGGUUGUCAGAACCAGCAGUGUCGACACACCACACUUAAUGCUAAAAGAUGACUCUGUGUGGAAACAACCACUUUGGCUAAUAGCUGCUACAUUAGUCUCUUAACCAGCUGGUCAUCGCCAUUUAGAAAUGUUCAUUAGGUCGCCGACCAGAGUGGAUAGGUGUGACAGUUCACUCCUCACUGUUGACUGAAGAGAGACAGUUACCUGUGCUUGCAACUGUGCAGCUCCAUCACCGCCCACAGAGGGGCAGUGCAGCAGUUUGCAGUCGCUGUGGAUGAGGACAGAAAAUGAAAUAAAAGUGGGGAUAAAUCAGGAAAAGCAGCACACAUGAAGAAGAGGGAUGAAGGAUGCUGCAGAGUUACUCGGACACAGAGAGGCUCUGAAGUGCCGGCUGGGUGGCGGAGUGCAGGACCAGGGGCAUCCGGGAGACAUGGCCCCUGGUUCAGACUCUGUGGAGGGAACCACUCUGCUGCCAGGUGAAGACAUCUCCUCUGUGGGAUCGAACUCAGGCGGUAUGCCGGUGAACGGGAAGGAACCGGAGAAGCAGCAGCAGCAACAACAGCCGCAGCAGAGCUCUAGUCAGACCUCCAGCCAGAAACAGAAGCGGCACAGGACGCGCUUCACCCCGGCUCAGCUCAACGAGCUGGAGCGCAGCUUUGCCAAAACUCACUACCCCGAUAUCUUUAUGAGGGAGGAACUGGCGUUGAGGAUCGGCCUCACUGAGUCCAGAGUUCAGGUUUGGUUCCAGAACAGACGCGCUAAGUGGAAGAAGAGGAAGAAGACCACCAAUGUUUUCCGUUCCCCGGGGACUCUCCUCCCCACACCGGGCCUGCCUCAGUUCUCCGCCGCGGCCGCCAUGGAGAACAGCCUGUGCUCCUUCCACGCCAACGACACUCGCUGGGCCACAGGGAUGCCGGGAGUGUCCCAGUUACAGCUCCCGCCGGCUCUUGGUCGUCAGUCGGGCAUGCAGUCACUGUCACAGUGCAGUCUGGGUCCGGGCCCGCCACCGAACUCCAUGGGCCUCUCCAACGGCUUGUCCUCCAACGGCCCCGGCCUGCAGUCCCACCUCUACCAGUCGCAUUUCCCUGGAAUGUCGGCCUCUCUCUCCGGCCCAACGAACGUAUCGGGCUCCCCGCAGCUGUGUAGCUCCCCGGACAGUGACAUGUGGAGAGGGACAAGCAUCGCGUCACUGCGGCGCAAAGCGCUGGAGCACACAGUGUCCAUGAGUUUCACUUAGUGACUUUUCAAAAACACCCCUCCUCACAUCCCUCUCCUAUAGGUCCCCUUCUUUCUCUGUUUUUAUUCCCUCUAUGUAGAUCAAAACGAGCGAGCCAAUCAGGCCUGAAAUAUGAGAAAAUGGAGACUGAAUGCGACUUUAACUAGGCGUAAAAAAGGACAACACCGAUGGACAAAUGAGGGGAAUAUCUUGGGUUUGGGUUAUUUAUCUUGUUAAUUCAAAAUGAUUUUAUCAACUAUUGAUGAAUACUAUUGUAAUGAUCUCUAGACUAAAGGCCCUAAUUACUGAGAGCCAAACAAUCGUCGUAUUUACGUUUUCACUGAGUGCGUCUUUACGCACACAUGUUAUUGUGUUCAGGUGAAGUUGUGUUAUGUCAAACGGUUAUUUAUAAGAUGGGGUAUACAGCCUACCACGCGCACCAUACAGUAGUGGGCGUAUUGAAGCGGGUCUCAGGCAUGCUCUGUGCACGUGGAAUUAAACGCUUGGAUGAUUUGGGGAGCAAACGGUGCCCACUCAUAUUGAAGAGGUCCUUUUACAAGAAGACCUCUCUCUCGUCUGCAUCAAAUCUAAAGAGGAAAAAGAAACAAUAAUCUCUCAGUAGGCCUACUCUGUUUUAGAAUGUUUUGUGUAGAGAAAACAUUCUUGCUAUGUACCCGCUGGUCUUUUUGUGACAUGUUUUAACUUAUUGUAUGUGCUAUUACUUACACAUUUCUUAAAUGUUUGAUCUUACAUCGAAAUGCACCACAUUGACGGGUUUGUACCGAUUUAAAAUGAACAAACAAAUAAAAGUAAUUUUCAAGAAUGUCAA